CAGACCCAGUAUUAGCAAGUAUGAAUCUGCAAGUCUUGAAUAAAAUUUAAAGCCAAACAAAAAACAGCACGAGGAGCAGCAAAGUGAAGUUGUUCAGUCCACUGACAAUGGCCAAAAGACAUCUAAUGUUGUGGAUCUUCGCUCUGUGUGUUUCACUCAAACCCUCAGUUGGUCACAUUCCUGAACUAGAUGGAAAAAAGGUUUAUGAGAUUGUUCGACCAAUCAGAUUACAUGCACUACAAAAAAGAGAUUUAAAGUCAAGACCUGACACAGUGAAAUACGCUAUGAAACUAGGCGGUAGAGACAUUGAAAUGCAUCUCCAGAAAAAUAAUGGCAUACUGACUAAAGACUAUAGUGAAACUUACUACACUAAAGAUGGGAUGCUUGUCACAACCACACCUGAGGAUAUGGAUUUAUGCUAUUAUCAUGGGAAAAUAGUCAAUGACAGUAAGUCGUCGGUUAGCAUGAGCACCUGCGAUGGAUUACGAGGCUAUUUGCAAACAGAGGAGCAGAGGUUUCUGAUUGAGCCGUUGUCUCAGGAUGGUGAUGGUAACCAUGCUGUCUCUAAGUAUGAAAAUGUAAAUGAAGAGACGCCUAGGGUGUGUGGAGUCACCAACACUAGUUGGGACGAGAGUGAGGAAGGCGCUCCUCCACGCAUUCUCAAAAGUCGUUCUCGUUCCUCAGGGCCAACUUUUUUCCAGCAACAAAAAUACAUUGAGUUCUUCCUUGUGGCAGACAACAGAGAAUACAAGAAGAUGGACUGCAAUCUUGAGAAGCUGAGAAAGAGGAUAUUUGAGAUCAUCAAUUACAUAAAUCAUUACAAGAAGAUGGACUGCAAUCUUGAGAAGCUGAGAAAGAGGAUAUUUGAGAUCAUCAAUUACAUAAAUCAUGUGAGUCAGUGA